AAAUCAGAAUCAAAAUGGCAACGCCACACUUCUUCUUCUUCUUCUUCUUCUUCUUCUUCACUUAUCUCUCUGCGCCUUCUUCUUUCUACACUUCUCAGCCAUGUCAGAUCGUUUCUUUCCAAAUCCGAUGCCCGAAUUCAUACCCGAAACAACCCCAUCAACUCAACAAGAACUCCAAGAAUCCCUCACCGUCACAACCGGUGACUCACUCCACAAGCUUCUCGCCAUGCCACAUAUUCCACUCUCCGAGCGUCUCAAACGCGCUUCCUUAGACCUCAAAGAAACCAUAGUGAUGGAAACUUGGGGCAUAACUGGUCAACGUGUUACUGAUUUCACUCUCUAUUGUGGUCUUCUUGGCACUGCUUUUCUACUCUUCAAAUCUUACCACGUAACUCGCAAUACCAAUGAUCUAACUCUUUGUUCUCAGAUUAUUAAGUCUUGUGAUGCUGCUUCUCUUUUUUCUAGAGAUGUGACCUUUAUUUGUGGCCGUGCUGGUGUUUGUGCUCUUGGAGCUGUGGCUGCAAAACAUGCUGGUGAUGAUGAGUCUUUGAGGUACUACUUGACCCAGUUCCUAAAGAUUAAUCUACCAAAGGAUCUUCCUGAUGAGCUGUUAUAUGGGAGAGUUGGUUUUCUAUGGGCAUGUUUGUUCUUGAACAAGCAUCUUGGUCAGGGAACAGUUCCUUCCAAUUAUACUGCCCCAAUUGUGAAUGAGAUUAUAAAAAAUGGAAGGGCAUUGGGUCGUAAAGGAAAAUGUCCUUUGAUGUUUGAGUGGUAUGGAGAGAAAUAUUGGGGUGCUGCACAUGGAUUGGCUGGGAUUAUGCAUGUGCUUAUGGAUAUGGAGUUGAAGCCUGAUGAGCUUGAGGAUGUUAGGGAAACUCUUAAAUACAUGACACGUAUCUGCUUUCGUAGUGGAAACUAUCCUGUUAGCGAAGAAGAUAAGAAGAGGGAUGCCCUUGUGCAUUGGUGUCAUGGAGCUCCUGGAGUGGCUCUCACACUUGUCAAAGCAGCUAAGGUAUUUGGAGAUAAAGAAUUCUUGGAUGCAGCUAUUGAAGCAGGAGAGGUGGUUUGGAGUCGCGGUUUGCUCAAGCGAGUUGGGAUUUGUCAUGGUAUUAGUGGGAAUGCAUAUGUCUUCCUGUCACUUUACCAACUUACCGGAAACGUGAAGUAUUUAUACAGAGCCAAAGCUUUUGCAUGCUUUUUGCUUGAUAGAGCUCAUAAUCUAAUAUCUCAAGGUGAAAUGCAUGGAGGUGAUAGACCUUAUUCGCUGUUUGAAGGAGUGGGAGGCAUGGCUUAUCUCUUUUUGGACAUGGUUGAUCCUUCCCAGUCUAAAUUUCCUGCUUAUGAACUGUGAGAAUCUUCAUCUUUUGGAAGGGAUAACUGUUACAUAACCAAGGUGAUUUCACUGUAAUAUAGCAAGAACAGAGAAGAGCUAAAGUAUACUAUUCUAUAUGUUUGAGUAUGUGAGAAUUGUGGACUGUGCUUCAACAUUUUAUGUCAAUUUCUUCCUUACUUUUUGUA